UUCUUCUGCGCUGGCGCCUGCCAUCAGUUCUUCUUCUUUGGUUUAGAUUUAGGUACAGGACUAAAUUACGCGACGCCACUGGACUGGAGGACACAACGCAGCAGGGGGCGAUGUUACAGCGUCGAGUCCGCCAGACGGUUUUAAUCUGGUCAGACGAAGAAGAAACAAACCGCGUCACAGUUCAAAACAAUACUUGGAAGUUCCGCUUGUCUCGCGCCCUGUCCUUAUGAAGAUGUCUCAAAACAGCUCAGGCAAAGACGACCAAGCAUCAGGCAGCAAAAAGCCGAUCUCUCUACCGAUAUCCAGGGUGAGGUUGAUCAUGAAGAGCUCCCCUGAUGUCUCCAGCAUCAACCAGGACGCUCUUUUCCUCACCACCAAAGCUACAGAGCUGUUUGUACAACACCUGGCUCUAUCCUCCUUCAACAACGGCUCAGGGAAGGAAACAAACACCCUGUCGUACAGCGACCUGGCCAACACCGCUCAGGAGACGGAGACUUUCCACUUUCUCACAGAUAUUCUGCCUAAGAAGAUCUUGGCUCGAGAUUACCUCAACUCUUUGGAGCAAAUGCACGAAGAAGAAGGAGCUGAUUACUGAAACAGGAGGAUGAUCCAUAUUUCCCAUCUGGACAGAUGUUAUCGCAUUUACUCUUCCAGCCUGUCGCCGAAAGCAAAGUGACCGUCAGUAAAAGACACUUGAACUCUCGAGUUCAUCUUCAGGGCUUUUGUAAAAAGUUAGAGGACGUGGAACUAAAAGCAAACUCACACGGGAUCAAUGUGAAAUCAAGUGAAGACUCAAAUUUCAACACCCCCCCAACAGUAAAUGAAGUUCAGCGACCCUUUUCUGCAAACUGACAGAUAUAUCUUGUGUGAGCUAAAGUACUGUCAUUACUAAUAUAUGAUGCAAACAGGAGUUCAGAACAAGUUGGCAUAUAAGCUUGUGUACUUAGACUGUUUAUGGAGGUUCCCGGGUAGCACUGACUUAAUUGGGCUGCUUGAUUUGCGUGCAGUGUUAUCGGAAAUGUUUCUGCAUAACUGGCCAGUACAGACUUGUUCCACGUAAGAAGCCGAGACAUGGAAAUCCAGCCCACACAGCUGGAGCGCAGAUGUCUUAGCCCCUGUGUUACUGUUGGCUUAAAAAAAAAAUGGGUGAAAACAUUAUUUUAAAGGUGCUGUGAAACAUUGAUCUCAAACUCAGAUGUGCUGUUGCUACUGUUAACCAUAUAUUUGUGUUUUGAUUUGACUGUCAAGAACUUGAAAUUUACUAGAACUGAAAAACUACAAAACAACUGAACAUGCUCUGAAGUUCAAAAUAAAAUCUCAGACUCUAACAGAUGUAAAUAUUUAAAGUGUUUCAGCUUAGACGGCAUAUUGCCCUCUGUGUAUUUACAAAUGUGUGGUUUAGAUUUGAUAUUAAAAUAAAA